AUGCAUCCUUCGCGCACCGUUCGGUUUGAAACCGCAGCGUCAUACAUGCGCAUAUCGAGCCGCCCAUCCAUCCGUGGCGUGUACUUCCACAGUGCUGCGAAGACUGUGGCAGCCGCCUUUGCGAAUAGCGGCACAUCACAUGCCGUGCCCUACAAGGGUACGGUGGUGCGUCCCCCGUCACGCGGUCCCGCUUCGCAGUCUGGGGUUCGCCCAAGCGCGGCUGAGGUGACGAUCGCCAUGCAGCUGGUCGCUGAGAAGGAAGAGCCUGCUAAGACCCGGGCUUCCCAGACGACAGACGUGGGCAACCAGAGUGCCACGCCGGCGACGAGCAAUAAGGUGCCAGCACUGCACCUCACACCCGCGCACUGGGAGGCGGCAUGCGGGGCCGAUGCAGCGCACCCGACUGCGAAUGGAAGUGAGGCAGGCGCAGCCAAAAAGACAUCUGGUCGGCGCAGGGGCAGCGCAAAGGCCGCCUGGACGGAGGGCGGACCGCAGCAGCAGCAGCGUGCCAAGGCCGUAGCGCAGGUCGCAGUCAAUGUGACCAAGGCGAAGAAAGCUGCGAAUGCAGCCAAGAAGGUGCAAGUCGAGGAGGAGAAGUGUGACACAAUGAAACUGACCACCAGGCCGCAGGACCUACUGAGGAAGAAGGCAACAGCGACUAAGGCGGCCAGGGCUGCAGCUAAAAGCGAGGGCUCGGCAGCAGCUGUUAGGAAAGAGUCUCUAAAUAGGAAGUCUGCCGAAAAAAUCUCUAAGGCGACUGUCGCAGCCAAGACUGAGGGCGCUGAACAUGGUGCCACUGAAUAUCCACGGGUAGAGGAGCAGCCUGUGGCGGCGGCGGCGGCGUUAGCAGAGCCGGUGUGCACCCACGAGAAAGAGGAUUCCGCUGCUGAGGCUGAGUACGCGGGCCCGGAGGUGACGGAUGCCGAGGAGAUGGAGCCACCUGAGGAGUCCACGGAGUGUAGAGCUGAGUUGUCAAGCUGA